UGCAUUCACGGUGGAAUCACGUGAUCAAAUGGCGCUUCAUCUGUUGUUUUUGUGUUUGUUCUGUGUUUUAAAUGCCUCGUUUGCUCAGAUCUUCUCUGCGCUGUAUGAUGAGAAAACAUCCAAUCUGCUUCUAAAGGAGGGAUUUUACCCAAACUCUGUCGCAGUCGCCAAUUUCACAGACGACAUUCACAAAACCGGGUGGUCGUAUCUGGAGGUGAGCAGCAAUGGCAGUUAUAAUGACACCUUACAGGCGUAUGCUGCAGGACUCGUGGAGGCGUCUGUCACAACACCGCUCAUCUAUAAACACUGGAUGAACACACUGAUGGGGUACUGUGGAGCGUUCACUCAUGAGCCAGACUACUGUCAGCGUCUCAAACACUACAUCAACACAAACCUGCAGUGGAUCACACAACAGAUGGACACACACACAAACUCCUCAUACUGGCAUCAGGUGCGUUUGGCUUUGCUUCAGCUCAAGGGUUUGGAGGACGGCUAUAACGGGCAGGUGGAUUAUCCCAGCAGAAGUUUUUCCAUUGAUCCGUUUGGAUUCCUACUCUUUCAGAUGGGUGGAGAUUUAGAGGAUCUGGAGGCAGCAUUGAAUAAAUCCAGCGUUGUUCGGGCAAAGGGCUCCGGCUCCUGCUCCGCUCUCAUCAAACUCCUGCCAGAUAACAGAGAUUUACUGAUGUCACACGAUACCUGGAACAACUACCAGUCAAUGCUGAGGAUAUUAAAGAAAUACAACUUCACCUACCGCACCUCUCCAGACGGGAAGAGGGUCAUUCCUGGAAGAGUUCAAGCCUUCUCCUCGUAUCCCGGCAGUAUUUUCUCUGGAGAUGACUUCUAUAUCCUCAGCAGUGGUUUGGUUACCAUGGAAACGACGAUUGGCAACAGUAACGAUGAUCGGUGGAAGUUUGUGAAGCCUCAGGAUGCUGUCAUGGAGUGGCUGAGAAACAUCGUUGCCAAUCGGCUUGCUGAGAGCGGACCAGCGUGGGCCGACAUCUUCAGCAUGUACAACAGCGGAACGUACAAUAAUCAGUGGAUGAUAGUGGACUAUAAGCUCUUCACACCUGGAGAAAAACACUUGAAACAAGGACUGUUCACCGUCCUGGAGCAAAUACCUGGUAUGAUGGUAAACGCAGAUAAAACUGAAGAACUGUUGAAGAGCGGUUACUGGGCGAGCUACAACAUCCCAUAUUUUGAGGAGGUUUUCAAUGCGAGCGGAGGUCAAGAGCUGCUUCAGAAAUACGGAUUGUGGUUUUCCUUCAGUGAGAAUCCUCGAGCGCAGAUAUUCCGCAGAAAUCAAACUCUCAUCACUGACAUUGAGUCCAUGGUGCAACUUAUGAGGUAUAAUAACUAUAAGGAGGACCCUCUGUCCAUCUGUGAUGACUGUGUUCCAGUUCAGAACGGUGAGAACGCUAUCUCCGCUCGCUCUGAUCUCAAUCCUGCCAAUGGCACGUAUCCGUUUGGAGCUCUGAGGCAGCGGGCACACGGUGGAACUGACAUGAAGUUGACGGGUUAUGAGAUGAUGAAACACUUUGAGAUGUUGGCCGUGAGCGGUCCGGCGUGGGAUCAGGUGCCUGUGUUUCAGUGGAGCACUUCACCCUACAGUAAACUUCUUCAUAUGGGACAUCCGGACCGCUGGGACUUCAACACCGUUCACGUCAAAUGGUCAACAUAGAGGUUUAUUACAUCAUUCAUUCUUGAGAUAUAUAACACUCCAAGAUCUUCACUAAAGGGAACACAUGUGUAAAUAUUCCUCCGUUUGAAAUGAAAAUAAAGAUGAUUGUUUAAUAAUUAG